UCAGCCGGCCGGCUCGCACGCUCCGCAGUCUCAGCUCUCUGUGACGCCCGCCCGACGCACCGCUCGGAGCCGGGGACACCGGCAUGCGCAGCUAGACCCCCGCCGCGGACAACCGGCCACCCCGCUCACUGCUAAGGCGGCGAGAUAGCUCGCGAAGCUGCUCAGGAUGACGCCCGCACUGAGGUCAGCGCUUGUACUGGCGCUCGCUCUCUGCGCCUCUGGACAGGAGGUAGAAGACACUCGAGCGCCGAAGGCUGUUGCUAAGCUGAACACGUUGGUCAUUGGCCCAGAUCACUUCGAGCCCGUCAGUGCGACCCCGACCGUGACCCGGACGAAGCUCACCAUCUCCUCGGAGCCGCUGGAGCCGGUCAGCCGACUGGUAGUGGACGCCGGUGCCGGCGAUCUCUCCACCAAAACCAUCUACGGCUUCCUCGACUUCAUCACCACCGUUGGCGACACCGUCAUGGUCUUCACGCCCGGCGCCAAAACGCAAGGCGCUGAGGAGGCUGUGGCCCUUACCACCAAGCCGGCGUCGCCGGCCGCGCGCGGGUCCCGUCGCCGUCACGCACGGUGCCCACGCAUCGUCUCCACCUCCGCCACGUUCCUGUCUGCCAGCCCGGCCAGCGUCGUGCCCGACACGGCGCCGGCGGCACUGCAGACGUCGGUGGUGGGCCUGCGGACCUCGGUGGUGGGACUGGUGACGGCCAGCGGCGGCACCGUGGUGUCGGGCGACCUCACCACCGUGCACACGACCAGCGUGAUCGGCACCAUGGUCGACGGCGAGUACACGCAGCUGCUGCAGUCGAGCAGCGUUAUCUUCGCGGCGCCGCCCGUCUCGCCGACCGUCACGCGCGCCUCGUCCAUCAUCGAGGGUGCCGCCACGGAGUUCCCGCAGCUGCCGGCGCCGGUCGCCGAGCCCGAGGUGCUGCCCCUCGAGCGGCUGUUCAGCUCACUGGACGAGCCGGCGCCGGCCGCCAACCACGUCUCCUCGCUGCAGGAGCGCCUCAAGGCGCGCAUGCAGGCGGCGCUGGACGUGCGACCCUCUCGCGAGGUGGCAGCACCCGAGCGGCGGCCCUUCACGCUCGGGUACGAGCCGGGACAGAGGGCGCGCGCGGCGCGUCCGUUCCGGCCCGAAAUACCGCUACUGCCACGCCGCUCCUUCUCGACUCGCCAGAACAACAGCCGCCGUCUGUCGGCGGCCGAGCGACUCAAGCAGCGGCUCCUGCAGCAGCGCGGCGAGGAGCCCGCUCCCGCUUCCCCGGAUACGCCGGACACGCCGAUCGCGCCGACAACGGCCCCCACCAUCGACCCGUCCGCACCGAUCGAGAGCGACGAGCUGCGCAUCAUCGCGGUCAACACGUACCGGCCGCAGGACGCCAGCGACUACUACUACGAGCUGACGACGCUGAAGACGAUGCACCCCAUCACCAUCGGCCGCCACACCAACAGCAAGUGGCUGACCGCCACCAGGACGCGCACGGUGCACGUGCAACCGACGGCGCCGACGCGGACGACGCCGCGGAUCGCGGCCACGGCACUGCCGCUGAGUUUGGCCGGUGCUCCAGCGACGCCAGCGGGGAAGCACGGCGACGCAGUGAUGCUGCCGGCGGUGCAGCUGGACCCGAGCGCGCCCAGCCUGCCGCUGCGCACCAUGACCGAGACCUACAGCACGACGCAGCUGGUGCUUAAGUCGUCAGUGAUCCCGCUGGUGAUCGGCGACAACACGCAGGCCUUCACCAUCACGCAGUCGUACCAGGUGACGCGGCUGGUGACGGCUCUGAAGACCAUGCCGCCGAUGGAGGUGUUCCGCACGGCGGCGCCGCCGGGCCUGGUGGACCGCGACCGGCCGCUGCUCGCUCAGUCGUCCGAGAACCAGGUGGACGCGCUCGGCGUGCCCGUACUGCGCGUGCCGCCGCCUGAUGACCUCGCCGACAUCGGACUUUUCGACGCUGACCGGCUGGAGGAACAGGAGAGCCGGAACACUUCGGACUGCAGGCGGCGGCGACGGCGGCAACUGGCCUACAUGCAGCUGCUGGCGAUGCUCGGGCAGCAGCAGCCGCUGGCGGCGGCGGCUGUGCAGCCGCAGCCGCGCGCUAUGGUCACCUCAUCGCCAGUGUUCGUCACGACGGUCGUGACGAGCACGCACUCGCGCGCCGUGGUGGUGACGUUCCGCGCCUCGCCCUCCACCGCCUACAUCACGUCCACCAGCGUCUUCCCCACCGUGCUCACCUCGUACGUGACGUCAACGGUGCAGAUGCCGGCGCUGGGGUAGCGUCGCGACGCCAGGUGAAGUGGAAGGGGAAGACCGGACUCAAUGCGGCCGAGCGGCACGUUCAGUGUCAUUGGGAGACGCUGGAGCGGCGGGUGAGCCGGGACCCUGCGGGAGCUCACAACAUGGACAGUGGAGCUUCUUGUCAGAGAUACGGCCGCGCUGGGUGCAGGAUGGAGCCGUGCUUCGCUAGUAGUACAGGCAGCAUUCUCCUGUGAGUGUGAACGUCGGCGGCGGGAGCAGCCUGUUGAUCUACCACCGUCUAGUUGGUUGUCUGGAUUUGACUGCCGCUGUUUUUAAUGCUCCCAGACAUGUUUAUAUGCAGUGGUGUUAUUUCUGCGUGAUAUUGAUUAUCAAGUCAAACUGCCUCGUCCAGCUUUCUCUCCUUGCUGCUUUCGCGCGGUGCUUGUCAGUGAUUGCAGAUGGGGUUAUGGCUUCACUGCUGCGCAGGUUGUUAGUGUGCGUCGCGGUGGUUUAGAAAGACAGCGCGGUGAAGCAAGGAAACCUGAUCGGUUUCUGAUAUGUCGGUGCAGCCAAUACGAAACUAGAUGUUUGCUUUAAUGAGGAAUGUGCUAGAUGCUGUACAGAAAGGCGAACAACAAUACAAAACAGAUCGACUCA